AUGACGGACAAACUGGGCAUGCAGGCGGGCGGCGGCGGCGGGGACGACCCCGGCAGCAUCAUGGCGCUGCUGGAGCGCGUGGCGGGCAUCAUGGACACGGUCCAGACCACGCAGCAGCGCAUGGAGGAGCGUCAGCUGGAGCUGGAGAACACGGUGAAGACCAUCCAGGCCGACGUCACCAAGCUGACCAGCGACCACGCCGCCACCAGCUCCACGGUCGACCGGCUGCUGGAGAAGACGCGCAAGGUCAGCUGCCACAUCAAGGACGUCCGGGUGCGCGUGGAGAACCAGAACCUCCGGGUGAAGAAGGUGGAGGCCACCCAGGCCGACCUGCUGGCCAAGAACAAGUUCAGGGUGGUCAUCUACCAGGGUGAACAGGAAGUGAAGGCCAUCGCGGCUGGCAAUGAGCCACCGGAGACCAGCGGUGGCAGAUCCGGCUCCAGGGCCGAGGUGGAACCAGACAAGUUCGAGUUCCCCGUGGAGUCCGACGAGGAGUACGUGGUGGUGGAGGAGGCGGACACCUCGGCGGCGACCCGCCUGAAGAAGUCGGGCCUGACGCGCAUCGAGAGCUUCAAGGCCACCUUCUCCAAGCAGAACAUGAGCAAGACCCGCGAGAACCUGGGCACCAAGGUCAACAAGCUGGGCGAGCGCAUCGUCACGGCCGAGAGGCGCGAGAAGAUCCGGCAGUCCGGCGAGAGGCUGAAGCAGUCCGGCGAGAGGCUGAAGGAGUCCAUCGCCAAGAACGUCCCCGCCAAGCUCAACCUGAAGAAGGAGAGGACGGUGGCGGAGGGUCAGGAGGGAGCCGAGGGAGCGACGGAGGGAGCCGUGCCCGUCCCGCCACCCAAGGGCCGCAAGGGCAGCCCGGACGUCGCCAAGGAGGCCGCCAAAGAAGGCCGAGCAGAUGAGUCGGAGGUGCCGAUGUACGACAUGAAGCAGCUGUCGUAAAGCGCCGUGAGACGCUGACGAGGCCCAGAAAAAUUAAAAACCACAAGCGGCCGUUUCUGUUUUCUUUGGACUGUUGAGACGACGAAGAGAGAGUGAAAAAAACGCCAUGCGUUUUUAGGGUGGUUGCUGCUACGCGGGUGGAA